CGUUCGCACAAAUGCAUGCGAAUUAUUUUAGGUGUGGACGGGUAAAAAACUUUAUAGGAAACAAAGCGAACGAACAAAAAUUUGUAAGGUGGUCUACACGAUGAAACAAUUGCGAGCGAACGCAUUUGUAGAGUUUGGUAGUGUUCCGAUGCAUUUGCGUUUGCUGUAAAAUUUGUACCAAUUCGUUCGUUUGUUCGAUUGUAUUUGCUGUUAGAUGUGGACGAAUAUUUUGUAUGAAAAGAAAUAUUUGUUUGCGUUCGUGAAUGUUCGCUUAGCGAUGGAACAAUGAACGAAUGUGUUCACAUAUUCUAUAUUAUUAGUGUCUAGUGUCUUAUUUAAAAUACUUUUAUAUUUACAAAUCAAUAUGGAAUGGCGAGAUAAUCGCGUUUUUCAAUUAAUUGAACUGUACAGGAAUAAAGAGUGUUUGUGGGACUGUACAAGUCCUAAUUACAAAAAUAUUAAAAUGAAACACGAUGCCUGGACAAAUAUUGCUCAUGAUAUGGAAAUAGAUGUCAACGACAUAAAGAAAAAAAUGAAUUCUUUGUUAUCGUCUUUUCGACGCGAGCGGAAGAAGCAAAAAGAAAAGAAGUCUGGAAGUGCUGCUGAUGAGCAAUAUAAGUUCACGUGGUUUGGCUCUAAAGCGAUGGAAUUUCUGUUGGAUAAAUUCCAACCAAAAAACGUUACUGACGUUGGUUUACAAGAAGUAUGUAUUCAUUUAUAUAUUACCAAUAUUUAUGUAAAAUCGUUUUGUAAAUUUUUGGAUUUUUAUUGUUUAUUCUUAAACCUGACUUAGUAUUUACAAGUAAUUUUUUAAUAGUAUUAAAAAAUAAGCUUAAUAACGUAAUUUAUUUAAUAAAGAAAAUCUACGCAUAAUAAUCCUGCCAAGGAAUUUUUCCUGCAUCCAUAAAGUAUUCUCCAUACAGCUUUCUAAUAUCUUCACCUUGAGCUGGAGGCUUUCUAGCCACUUUUCGUAAAGAUUUAAAAAAAUUGCAAUCGUUAGUGUCUGUUCUCCAAGUGCCUGGAGUAACAAUGCCAUCACAUUCACUGUCAAGUGUCCCCGGAGGGUUAUACAAAUGUUUCGAAGAACUGCUUGACCGUAAAAAAUUGUGAAGAUGUAUACAAGCUAAAACUAUAAUAGAUGCUUUUUCUGGCUGUAAUUGAAUAGGUUUUCUUAAAACACGAAAAACGCUGGACAAAACUCCGAAUGUGCUCUGGAAAGUCUAUAGUUGAAAAUACGCUCUAUUGAGCCUUUAUCGUGUUUUCCGCUGUAGGGCUUCAAAAUAUUUGGUUUCAGUGG